AUGCCUAACAAAUUAUUUAUUACAGAUGACGAGCGCGUCAAGUUCCCAGUCAGAAGAAGGCUCCUACCCCAAGGGAAUCCCUUCUUCGUCGGUACCAGUGUUGACAGAACCCCGCCCCCUUCCUCUACACAAGGCUCGAACGCCCCCAAUCAAUUGGAUAAAUCACUGGCAGAUAGGCUGAAUAGACUGGACCAGCGUUCCCUGUUGACGGGAGUGGUAUCCAGUGACAUGGAUGCCACACAUUGUAUCAAUGCUGUGAGGGACAAUGAAGACUUGAGAACGGAUGUUGAACACAUCCUUAACAGGCAGCGCAUUCUUGGCAGCGACGGUGACAAGUUCGAGCUUAACGGGGUGCAGAACCUCUUUUUAGUUGAAGCCAACUUUCACCGGAUGUACAACUUGCGCAAUGGAUUUGCCAUUGUCCCAAUCACCUCUCAACUGCAAACUAUACUAGCCUUUCUUCAGGUUACUAAUGUGCAUUGGAAUUUUUUGUGUCGCGAGCGUGGCGAAAUCGUUGAUCGCCCACUAUCCUUUGGUGAAACGCCUGCGUUCAAGAACCCUACCUGGCGGAUCUUCAUACUUGAACCCCGCAUCUGGUUCAAUGAUGGACGGUCGUUGGACAUCUUGCAGAAACCUCAUCUAUACUCUCAGGAUCCCAAUAUUCCUUCUGUUUGGGAGCCCUACGUCACCCUCCCCGCAGACGACCAUGCUCUUCUCCGUCACAAGACACAAAACACCGAAAGGAAGUUCAUUCAUUCCUGUCGCCAUCCCCUUCAGGAGGACCUUGACUCUGGUGUGGCCUACAUGCCCACCACCAGGGAAGAGUCGCAGAACCUGUCGGUGCUAGCAUUUAUCAUCAACGCACAAGACAAGUUCCGCCAUGCCGAGUGUGCCUCAUUUCCUACGUUGCAAAACUCGGAACUCCGAGAAGCCUCUAAGCUGUGUGGUCAGAUCGUCGACGAGUUUUACUACCUUCCGAACUUGGCAGCUCUCAAAGCUACACCCACCAUUCGUUCUUCACACAGAAUUUCGACCCUUGGUCGAGAUGGGUCACAAGACCGUGUCGAUUCAGUAAACGGUUCGAGCAGCACAGGGACAGUAACUGCAACUCGAAUGGAAGUGCCAGGUCGAGAAGGACAGCGAGAAAGUGAGGUGUUUGAUGGCUAUAUGCAGAGAGAGGACGAGGUAGACGAGGAGGAUGGGCGGGGGAAAGUCGACGACGAAGACCAACCUAUGUUCAAUUCUUAUGGGAGAGAAUAUCUCUUGGUGCGGGAAUCAAAGAUGGCUUUGGCGAAGGUGAACGACCCUAACGUCCCUGUCAGGGAGCGCGUCGAACUGUUCAACUUGGUAUUGAGGGGUGUGCAACAUAAGUAA